UCGAAAUUUAAUUAGCGAAGAAGCCGCACGUUGUGGAUUUCAGAACAUGAACAUGGCGUCGCGAAUGUUAUCAUGUGCAGCAAACUUGGUCACUCCCCCCAAGCUCAAUGGCUUGCCUGAAUCUUCUACGACUUGUUACCCUUCACUACUACUACUGUCUUCAUCUUCACCUUCAAUGGCAGCAGCUAAGGUUUCGGUUCGAAUUGGGUCGGUAAAGUGCAAGGCUCUGGGAGAGAGCUCUCAGAAUUCCGUCGACCGUACGGUCUAUCAGGGAAUUUACGGCCCUUGGACCGUCGAUUCCUCCGAUGUUCGAGAGGUUGUUUUAUACAGAGCGGGGUUGGUGACUGCUGCCUCGUCAUUUGUUGUUGCUGCAUCAACUGCCCUUUUACCUGAAAACUCUUUGUUAAGUGAUAUUAUCAAGCAAAAUCUUGAUCUGUUUUACACAAUUGGUGCUGGUGGGUUGGGCUUGUCUUUAGUUUUAAUUCACAUCUAUGUUACUGAGAUUAAGCGCACUCUUCAAGCACUGUGGGGACUUGGUGUUGUUGGAUCUUUGGCAACUUACACGAGCCUUGCUCUACCAGCUGGUGAAAACUUGGUACAAUAUGUAGUCGAUCACCCAUUGGCAGUCUGGUUUGUUGGUCCUCUCUUUGCAGCACUAACAGGACUUGUAUUCAAAGAAGGCCUCUGCUAUGGAAAGCUGGAAGCUGGAAUUCUCACAUUCAUUAUACCUACAGUUCUUCUUGGGCACCUGACUGGUUUGAUGGAUGAUGGAGUAAAGCUUACUCUGCUAGGUUCGUGGAUGGUCCUUUUUGUGAUAUUUGCCGGAAGGAAGUUUACUCAACCAAUUAAGGAUGACAUUGGUGACAAAUCUGUUUUCGUGUUCAAUUCUCUUCCCGAAGACAAGAAGAAAACCUUGCUUGAGAAACUUGAGCAACCAAAAGUCCAGUCAGAUUCUUAAGUAGGAAGAGAUGUGAGCCCAAACAAACCUUAAUUGGACAGGAAAUUACAUGAACUGGACUGCAGAGAGGUUUUUGAGGUAGGCAAUGUUAUAUAGAUUCUCUGAUCAUAGCUUGUAAUAUUCUUUCACUUGCUUAUAAAUUAAUAUUUUCUAUGGUAUAUAGCUUCUAGAUUGUUGGGGCAUAUAGUAUAAAUGUUACUUUGUUUUAGUGAUAGUUUGGUAACAAUUAAUGAUGCUUGGGAACCCA